AUGGUUGUGAAAUCAACGGAUAUUUUUGAGAUGACAGUUGAAGGAAUUCUUUCACAACCUGGCGCAGCGUUCACAGUUUACAAAGUAUAUGAUCAACGGAAUAGAGUGAACAUGGCGAUUAAGAUGAUUCCAUUGACAAAUGAAGAUAAAAAGCCUCGUGAGAUCGCCAUCCUAGAAUCGCUUCGAGGCUGUCCGAAUAUAGCGCAAAUAAUCGGAUCCAUAAAUACAAACUUUCGACCUGCAUAUGCAUUUUUAACCCUCGAAUAUGUAAAUUGUGUUUCCUGGUACAACAUACAAAGUUUGCUAACAUUAAAAGACUUCAAACACUAUUUACAUCAACUUAUAACGGCAUUGGCUUGUUGUCAUGACAAAAAGAUUGCCCAUCGCGGUGUCAAGCCUGAAAAUUUGCUUAUCGACCCGAGUAGGAAACACCUCCAACUCGGUGGAUGGAGUAAUGCCGUGUGUUUGAAUUCAAUUGACCAAUUUCAUUUUAAUCCACAGUCUUAUCCACUGCUUUUCUAUCGAGCCAAAGAUCGAGUUAGUCAAUUGGAGGCGAUAAUAAAGGUGGUGGGUAAUGAGCGUAUCGUGAAUUACGUCCAAUCGAACAACAUCAGAAUUGACACCACUUUGAAGACGUGUAUCUUUGGUUCUAAAUCAGGAAAUUACAGGUGUUUAACAGGGAUGAAUUAUGAAGUCAUGGAUUUAAUGGUUAAAUUAAUGACAGUUGAUCCAUUCAGUCGGAUCACAGCUCAACAGGCUUUAUCGCAUCCUUAUUUCAAGAACCAUUGCUACGACCAGACUGAAUCUGUGCGAUUCGGAAGUAGGCCUCGUCUGAAUGGCAGCAGUAACUCUUCCACUAGUACUGAGAACGCCCAAUACUUGCCUUAUUUUGACUACAAAUUUAUUAGCUGUGUGGGAGAGGGUUCAUUCGGCGAAGUUCACAGGGUGAAGAGCAGUUUUGGAGGCCAUGAUCUGGCGGUGAAGAUAAUGAAGGAUAAUAACCGUGAGGAUUUCGUCAACGAAUGUGCAAUGCUUGAAAAACUUCGAGGAGUACCAAAUGUGAUCAAAUUUUACGGCUCCAUCUUGACACCCAAAUUCGCAGUGCUUGUGUUCGAGUUUGUGGAUUUUACACCCUGGAAAUAUCUUUACAAUUCAUUGAAAAGCACAGAAAUACAGUACUACAUCUACAACUUGCUGAUAGCCCUACAUACUUGUCAUGGCCUUGGAAUCAUGCACAGAGAUGUCAAGCCCAGCAACUUAGUUAUCAAUCCGGCGCGUAGACAACUACGGUUGGUGGACUGGGGACAAGCAACUUACUACCGACAUGGCAAGGACUACGAGGCGGGUGCUGGAACACGUCUAUACAGGAGUCCAGAAAUGCAUCUUGGCUUCAAGCGUUAUAAUUUCGCUGUGGAUAUGUGGUCUGUUGGAUGUGUCCUGGCCAGUGCAGUAUUUCAUCAAAGACACUUUUUCAAUGGAGGCGAAAAGAGGGAUAUUCUUCUUCAAAUUACCCGAAUUGUUGGCUCAGGCCCCAUGCUUGAUGCGAUAAUGAAGUAUGACAAUCAGGAAUUCAAAGGUGAUAAGGCCUUCAUGAAUAUCGAGGCAAUAGAUUUUCGGAGUUACAUAAACGAUUCAAACAAAAAAGUAGCCAUUAAAUCAGCCGUGGAUUUAGUUGGCAAACUGCUCGUCUGUGACCCCGAGAAACGCUACACUGCCGCUCAAGCUUUGAAACACAGUUACUUCCAGAGAGCUCGUCGUUUCUCUGGAGAACGUGAAAUUUAA